AUGGCCAUGAAUGUGGGCGAGAGUCCGUUUGAUACGACUGUCGAUGAGCUUGUCGCCAAGGCAAUGUCAGAACUGCAUGUUCCAGGACUUGCGCUAGCUGUUUUCGACAGAGAUAAGAUAUGGUCAAAGGGUUAUGGUGUCACGAAUGUCGAUUCCGGAAGCCGGGUGACUCCAGACACCAUGUUUUCGGUAGGAAGCACCACGAAAACGUUCACGGCUGCAGCUGCAUCCUUGCUUGUGGAUGACAACGAGGAGCACUCGGAUGUUACCUGGGAAACACCGAUGAGUAAGCUUAUCCCGGACGACUUUGUUCUCCAGGAUGCGUAUGCCACUGCACAUGUAACACUAGAGGAUUGUCUUUGCCAUCGAACGGGACUGGCCACACACCGGGCCGACCUUGGGGGACACUCAGUCAAGGAGAACGUACGAAACCUGAGGCAUCUUGAGCUGACGAAAGAACUCCGCACAAAGUGGCAGUACUCAAACCACAUGUACUGGGCCGUGUCGCACGCGAUCGAGGAGAAGUCCGGACAGGACCUCGGUACUUUUAUGUCAAACAGGCUUUGGAGGCCUCUGGGGAUGGAUGCCACCUUUCUCAGCAUUGCAGAUGCUCUGGAUUAUGAGAAGGCUCAUCCGGAGACGAAGCUAGCUGCACCGCACAAGUGGCACGAAGAGUCCAAGUCCUUCAAGGUAAUGCCAUUUUGGGACGAUGUUGGCAUCAGUGGUGCGGGUGGCAUGGUCUCGAGCGUGUCGGACUGUGCCAAAUGGAUCCGCGCCUUCAUCGACAAGGCCGCCCCCAUUUCUCCAGAUGGCUACAGCGCCCUGACAAGUGCUCAUAUGAUCCAGAAGGCUAGUCAUUCUCGCUUUACAGGACCGGUCUGCUACGGUCUCGGCUGGUUCAUGUCCGUGUACCACGGAGAGAGGGUUUUAUGGCACCCGGGCGGACUGGUUGGGUCAGUUUCCAGCUUUAUUUACCUGCCUGAGCGUAAAUGGGGCAUCGUGGGCAUGUGCAAUGUCACAAGUGAGCAGGCUAUCGAGGCACCGAUGUGGCAUCUGAUUGACGAGCUGUUGUCUGUACCACGGGAGAAAAGAACCGACGUUGUUGCUAAGGCGGUUGCAGAACUGCAGGACAUGAAGGCCUUUUCCAAAGGGGCUAAAGGUAUAAUGUUUCCUGGUCGGCCAGAGACACCUAAGCCAUCUUCAGCUCCUAUUUCAACCUACUGCGCAACCUACUCUCAUCCCUCUUACGGAUCUAUCAUUGUAGACAACACCGAGGACAAGGCGGUGUUAAAAGGAGCCUUUCCUGGGAGGCUUCCUCUUGACCCAUUGUUUCUCGAGCAUAUUGACGGCGAUAAUUUCCUGCUGAAAGCAGAUAUCAUUGAGUUGAUACCGGUACGAGCGAAGGCUAAACUCGAGAUUGAUGAGACCGGCGUGCCCGACAAGUUAGGCGUGGAAUUCGGGGACAGCAUUACAACAUGGUUUUGUCGAAUGAAAUAA